AUGCCGGAAUUGUCGUCCACGGCUUCAUCGCCCCUCAUGAUAUCGGCCAUUCCUCCUCCACGUCCUGUCUCUGUCAAUUCGCUGGCUCGAUCCUCCCUCUCCACCACUCUUCCUUAUACCAAGUCUCCUCGGAGCACCAGUGCCGACUUCCCCGUGCACGAUGAUCCCGUCUCCGCUCCCGCUGGGUCUAGUCAACCGGUUUGCCAUGUCCCAGUGGAGUCUCUUCUUACCGAUGCCUUCCUUCCGUCAGACACCCCUCCCUCCACUCGUCCCGAAUUGAGAUUCGAGAACCUCCCCAUUGAGAUCCAUGAAGCCAUUCUUGACCAUCUCUUCGGAGAGCGGACCUCCGCCUUUACAACUACGGGUCCCGGAAAGUCAUCCGCUCGGAACUGGAACAAAUCGUUGAGACACCCACGCCGGAAGGCCCUCUCUAAUUUGGCGCUAAUUUCACCGGUCUGGCGAUCAUUAGUGCAAGACCGCAUUUAUCGUUAUCUCAAAAUCAAGGGCACAACCGACCAGCUCGAAGAAUGUGCUAAAUGGUUCGAAUCGCAUCCUCAUCUGACUUCUUAUGUCCGUCAAGUCGAAAUUUGGAUUCCUGUCUGGGGAAAACGCGUCACCAAGAUCAUCGCCCACCACCAUGUACCCAUUCGGCGCCCCAACGAGGAGGAUGCGGGGAUGGCGGAUGGAGGGGCGUUGCAGACGGGCACCAUGGCCUGGGAUGAUUCCGAGCAUAAUCACGGGAGCGACUACAAGUAUUACUACGCCAGUCACAAUGCCACCUUGGAAGAGAUUUUCCUCCAUGUGAAGACCUGCUUCCCCGAGGCGCGCAUCCUCACCCUGGAAGGGGGCCACUGCAAGAAACCGCCGAUGAUUCGUCAUUUCCGCGACGACCCCUACGGACAUUCCGGCCGGCGUCUGCCUGAGCUGCCCGAUAUCCAGACCUUUGUCAUGCGCGGUGCCUGGAACAUCAUGCGCGACUACCGUCAUUGGUCUACCCUCUCCGACGCCCUUCCCAACGUGCGUGAAUGGCAUUGUUCCUAUGCCAAACCCAAGAUCGAGGGCUACGAGACUGUCGCGCAGAUCCUACGCCAGAUCCCUCCCUCCCUGGUGCAUGUCAACCUCAGCGUGGAAGGCUUCUACAACAAAGACAACCUGCAGCUGGGCUGGCUGGGUGACGGCGCGCAGCCGCCUCAUCUCUGCCAUCUCUUGGGCGACGUAGCCCCGCGUCUGGAAUCGCUCACCUUCACGGGCAAAGUCUGCGUCAGUCUCUUCCAUGCCACACGGUCCUACAUGAACACGGCGUGGCCGACCAAAUCGCGACUCAAAUCUCUGGACAUUGUUGUAAAAACCUGCUGUCGCGAGAAACCGCUCACGAUGAGCCCGUCCGGUCUCCCCCCGUUCCUGGAUGAUUUCUCCGGGAUCACUAAUCUCGCGUUCAUACGAUCGUUUGAAACGCUGAUACAAGGGGCGGUUUACUCGCUGCGCCUCCAUGCGGCACUUAACUUUAUGCGCAUCCGGUUCAUCGACCUGGAUUCUGCCUGUCCUCUGCUGAACCCCUACUUCCAGCUGCACAACAACCAAUGCACAGGAUUGUGGAGCGAAGACAUUCUUGAGACGCUGCACGAGACCAGACCGCAGGCGCAGUUCGUGGAAUUGAACGACGGCAUCUAUCCGCAAUACGGGCCGAACCACCAGAUCAUCGGCGCGGUGUAUCCCCGCAGCCGACCACUUAGUAUCCACGCGUCAACGUACCAGAUCAUCGCUGACGUAUCCAAGCCGAAUUAG